AUGGCCAAAGUGAGAAAGAAGAAGAGGACUCAUGUGCCUGACAACGACGCCCCCGGAAAGCCGGGGCAGGCGAACCGUCGGCCGAAGAGUAUGGUUAUUCGAAUGGGCGCAGGUGAUGUCGGGUCCAGCGUAACACAACUGGCGCGAGAUUUUCGAGCAGUAAUGGAGCCAGACACUGCAAGCAGGUUGAAGGAACGACGAGCCAACAAGUUAAAAGACUACACCGCCAUGGCUGGUCCACUGGGUGUAACGCACCUCUUCCUCUUCUCGCGCUCGAAAACGGGCAAUGUGCACCUUAGAGUUGCACUUACACCUCGAGGCCCGACCCUCACCUUCAGAGUCGACCGUUAUGCCCUGUGCAAAGAUAUAGCCAAGGCGCAGAAACAUCCCCGUGGUGGAGGGAAAGAAUAUCUGAGUGCGCCGUUACUGGUUAUGAACAAUUUCACCUCCCAGACAAGCGAAGAUUCAAAAGCCGACCCUAUCAAGAAACAGCUUGAAUCCCUCACUACCACUAUAUUCCAAUCCAUAUUCCCUCCCAUAUCGCCACAGACGACCCCUCUGAGCUCAAUACGAAGAAUUUUACUAUUAAAUCGCGAGCCUCAGUCCGAUGGUACAUAUAUAAUCAACCUCCGCCACUAUGCCAUCACAACCCGUCGAACAGGCAUAUCCAAACGGGUACGCAGAUUUGAUCCAAGCGAACAGCGACUACGUGAGAAGAAGUCGGGAGCACUACCGAACUUGGGCAAACUGGAGGACGUAGCGGAUUACCUCCUUGACCCCUCCGCUGGUGGUUAUACGUCAGCGAGCGAGACCGAGCUUGACACGGAUGCUGAGAUUGAGGUUUUGGAAACCGCCACCCAACGCGUCCUGAGUAAGAGAGAGCAGCAGAGACAGCAGCAACAACAAAAGCAACAGCAAAACGGAGAAAAAGACAAAGACACACCCAUGAAGGAGUCCGCGGCAAAUGUGGAAUCGCACGUCGAAAAGCGAGCAGUGAAACUGGUAGAACUCGGCCCUCGGAUGCGCCUCCGCAUGGUCAAAGUAGAAGAAGGCAUCUGCGAGGGACGGGUAAUGUGGAACGAGUUUGUCACCAAGACUAAAGCUGAGGAAAAGGCUCUGGAAGUCAAAUGGGAGAAGAGGCGGCAGGAGAAAGAGGCCCGACGGAAGGAGCAGAAAGAGAAUGUCGAGAGGAAGAAGCUGGCCAAGAAGAAUGCGAAAAUUAAUGCAGGCCAGGGUGAUGGCGAAGCUGGGGAAGAUGAUGGCGAUGACGACGACGAGGAUGAGUGGGAUAGCGACGACCUGGAAGACUGGGAUGAGGAGAUGGACGACGAUGUUGCCGAGGGAAACGAGGACGAGGAUGAGAAUGAGGAGUGA